CAGGGGUUGGGGCAAACUCAGGGUGCACCAGUCCAGGAUGCACUUUGAGGUUUAAGCCCCGCUGAGCUCCCUGCUGGCUCAGUGUCCUACUGGCUGCCCCGUGCAGGCACCAAAAGUGUUAACAGCAUGCGCCCGCUCGCCUCCAUUUCCUGUGCAGCUUCUCAUUUUCCUUCUGGAGUCAGAGCCCAAACUUUUGGCAGCGCCGAUGGCUGAGCUCCGUGCUGUGCUGCUGCUUCGGCUCUCGGUCGGGCAGCUCAGCCUCUUCCUGGCGUGGCUGUGGGGUGCUCAGGCAGGAUGGGGCUUCAAGCUGCACCAGCCCGAGAACAAGGUGUGGGUGGCCGUGGGGCAGACGCUGACCCUGACCUGCACAGUGACUGGAUUGGGUCCCCCUGGCCCUGUGAAGUGGCUGAAGGGCUGGGGCAGCAGCAAUCAGACAGUGUAUGAUCAGAAAGGCUCCUCACACCGCGUGACGAGGGCAGUGAAUGAGUCCAACACAGAUUUCACCAUCCACAUUGAGGACAUCCACCCCGAGGACGCCGGCACUUAUUACUGUGUGAAGUUUCACAAACAGUUCUUGGGUGAUGAGUUGUUUGAUCACGGUCGGGGCACGAAGGUGUCAGUGUAUGAGACCUCUCCGUUCCCCAGCAUGGCGGUUGCAGCUGCUGUGCUCUGCUUCAUCCUCCUCAUCUUCGUCCUCGCCUUCUGCUUGUACCGCAGGAAGCAGAGGGAAGGGGAGCAGAGCCAGCACGUGGCUGAGGUGGCCACAGGAAGCUGCUUGCCCUUCCCUCUCCCAUGCUGUGCAGGGAACCCUGGCACCCCCAGCAGUGAAGUUGAGGAUGCAGAGAACCCAAAGCUGCCCCACCAGCAAAGCAGUGAGGUGGACAAGGACAUCCAUUAUGCUGACCUGCAGCCGCUGCCUGCAGCACGGUGGCCCAGCAGGAGCCCUGGUGCUGAACGCUCUGAGUAUGCCAGCAUCAGGGGAGCUGCUAAGUGAGCUGGCCCUGCCACAGCACUGAGGCAGGAAGCAGAGACUUUCUGCGGGCACCAGAAAGAAGAAGUGGAGCUGCUUGGAGCCGGCCAAGCUUGGCAUGAGGAUCUCAAAUCUCUCCUUCCUGUCUUGGUGGCCAUGCCAGGCAGGGGCAGGCUCAGCUCAGGCUCAGCAGAGCCUCUCCAGGAAUCAGCAGCCCCAAGGAGUGCAGGAUCAGGGCAGUGAGCUGAGCACCUUUGCCUUGUGCAAGCUGUGCAGUGCUGUUGGCUCCAGGAGGACCUCAUGAAUGUCUCCACCAGCACAGGCCACCAGAGCUUUCCCAGCUCAACAGAUCCACGAUUCGUAUCAUCCCAUCACCACACCAAGCUCAUCCCCAUUAAAGCCAGCAAACAGCCACGCCACCUGGUCCUGCUGUGUUCAGAGCCAGAAUGAUGCUGCAGUGGCAGCAGGGGCCUGGAGAUGUGUGGUCACAACUUCAUGCCCAGUGUGCUGCUGCCAACUCCGUGCUGAGCCCCCCAGCAGCUCCCACCACGCAGGGCUGGGAUUAAAUAAAGCAGAGCCCCAGCUCUGCCCUGACCCGCCUGGAUGGUUGGUGAGAGGCAGGCUGGGCUCCCUGGUCCUGCAGCCCUGGUGCCUGCCACGUUCAUCUCCAGCCCACUCCUUCCUUCCCUCUGUCCUCUGUAACCCACAUCCUGUGGCCACACGCCGGGAGGAGGACGGAGCGAGGUGGAGGCAGGGAGCUGUGUCAUAGGCUCUUUUCCUGCAGAGAAAUCAUUGCAGCUGCCUCUGACCUUGAAAGCUGUACGCACUUAUCAGCUUUCAACUAUUUUAUCUGCUUUUCUGUGAAAUAAAAAAAGAGAAGUGAAA